AUGAGCGACUGGGAUCAGCGACGGCGUCGCUCCAGAUCGAGAUCCCCACCGAAUAGGUUCUAUCGUCCGUCGAGCAGAGACCGCGCCGACUGGACCCGCGGUGGACGCGGCGGUGGAAGGAGCCCGAGUCCGCCUCCUCGGGGGCGAUGGCAGGGGGACGAUGCCGGCAGGUGGGACGACCGCGGCAGGGGCGGGAGCAGGGACAGGAGCCGGGACCGAGGGGGCCCGAGCCAAGAUCGGGGCGGCGGCGACGGGGACCGAUUCGCCCAACGAAGGUCGCCGGUGAGGUACGAGCGAGACUGGGCCGAUCGCGACCGUGAAGACGCGGGGUACCAACAACAACAACAACGCGGCUACGGCGAAGGCUACGCGAGACAACAGCAGCCGCGGGGAGGUUACGACCGACCCCGCGGCGAAGACUUCGAUCGAGGUGAAAACCACCACAAGGACGGCUACGACGCCGGCAACGACGGCGCCGGACGAUGGGACAAUGGAACGCAGCAGGGUUACGUGAACCGAGAAUACGCAAACCAAGACGACCGGCGCCAGCAGCAGCAGCACCGGCGGCGGCGGCCGGGAGACGACGAGGGCCGACCAACCCGGGUGUUCAAGCCGGACUGGAUGUGCCCGCGCGGGUGCGGCGUGGUGUUUGGCAGCAAGAGCAACUGCUUCAAGUGCGGGUCCCCGCGGGAGGCUGGCGUGGACGAGGUACCCGCCGACGUGAUAUACGGCGGCGUGGUGGCUGGGAAGUACGACUGGGUGUGCAACGUGCUGGGCUGUUGCAGCGUCAACUUCGCCAGGCGGUCCGUCUGCUUCACGUGCCUCGUCCCGAAAGGACCCUUGGCGACCAAGGUGGAUCAGUCGGACCGGACGGGCGGCGCGGGUACGGGCGGGGAUCUUCUCGCGAACAGGUUCGACCCGGCGCGCGCGCGGCAAGCCUCUGACGCCGCCGCGGCUGCCGCGUGGGGUGCCGCGGCGGCGGCAGGCCAACAACCCGUGGACGCGACGGCCAACGCCGCGUGGGCGCCCAAGGAGUUCAACGAGACCGCCGAUGCCGCGACUGCGGGUUUACCGGGGCACGACCUAACGGCGGUGGAGCCGGCGGCGGGAGACCCAGGGUUAGUCGCCCACCAGGCGCAACAACAAUACGCGCAACAGCCCGGGUCCGUCGCGAAGGACCAAACGGCGUCCAAGAAGAAGAGGCGGAAGGAGCCCGCGCUGCCCGGCGCCAUCGAGGACGCGGCUGGCGGCGCUGCUGCCGUCGCCGCGCUCGAACAGAGCGGGUACGUGUACGACCCGGACACCGGGUACUACAAGGAUGAGGCGUCGGGGAUGUGGUACGACGCCAACUCGGGUCUGAGCUACCACGCCGAAUCAGCCGCGUGGUACAAGUGGAAUGCGGAGACGAACGCGUACGAACCGGCGGCGCCCGGUCACAACAGCACCCCUGCAGCACAACAACAGCAGCCGCAGCAGAGCGCCGCGAAGAAACCGAGGGUGGCGGCGACCAUUGGAUCAACCGCCAAGCUCGACACGGUCGCCAUCAAGAAGCACCAGGUUGCCAAACUCGCCGCGGCUGAGCUCGAGACGAUGGAGAGCGCGUACAGGGACAGGGCGGCGGAGAGGCGCUCCAGGCACGGCGAGUCCGCCGCCGCCGCCGCCGCGACGGGUCCGGUCAAAGGGAAGGUGUACGGGGGUAAGAUUCGAACGCCCGGAGUGCCCGGGUACGCGCCCGGGUCGGCGCCGCAGUCGGGGUCGGGGGGCGCCGGCGAAGGGGAGGAUUCCUACAAGGCUUCGGUGCAGAGGGUGGCGCUGGAGAGGUUCAAGGCGGCGAUGAAGGAGUGA